CCGGAAGCGGGCGUUGUUCGGCUGUUGGGUGGAAGAGGAAGUAGCGGGAGCAGAACCAGGACCAGAACCGGGACCAGAACCAGAACCAGAACCAGGACCGUCACCGUCACCGUCACCUGGCCGACUCACCUGUCUCACCUGCACACCUUUAUCCCGCUAAAGCCGCUACCGGGUCACGUGUUCAGCUCCAGCAGGUGUGGAUUCUCCUGAGCAGACAGGUACACCAGGUGAAGAUGAGCGGGGGCAUCAACAGCAUCGAGGCGGUGAAGAAGAAGAUCAAGGUUCUGCAGGAUCAGGCGGAGGACGCCGAGGAACGAGCUGAGAAGCUGCAGAGAGAGACGGAGAAGGAGAAGAAGACCAGGGAGGAGGCGGAGUCCGAGGUGACGGCUUUGGGCCGCCGGCUGCAGCUCAGCGAGGAGAACCUGGACCGAGCUCAGGAGCGUCUGGCUGCAGCGCUGCACAAGCUGGACGAGGUGGAGAAGGUGGCGGACGAGAGCGAGAGGGGCAUGAAGGUGAUUGAGAACCGAGCUCUGAAGGACGAGGAGAAGAUGGAGCUGCUGGAGGUUCAUCUGCGGGAGGCCAAGCAGAUCGCUGAGGAGGCGGACCGCAAAUACGAGGAGGUGGCCCGUAAGCUGGUGAUGGUGGAGGGAGAGCUGGAGCGAGCCGAGGAGAGGGCGGAGCAGGCGGAGAGCAAGGGCCGCGUGAUGGAGGAGGAGCUGAAGACCGUGUUCGCCAGCGCCAAAUCUCUGGAGGCCCAGGCCGACAAGUACUCCCACAAGGAGGACCGGUACGAGGAGGAGAUCAGGAGCCUGAGCAGCAAGCUGAAGGAGGCCGAGACCAGAGCCGAGUUCUCGGAGCGAACCGUGGCCAAGCUGGAGAAGACGGUGGACGGACUGGAAGAUGCUCUGACUUCAGCCAGAAACGCCAACAUGGAGCUGCAGGCAACGCUGAACCAGACCAUGGAGGAACUGAACUCCUGCUGAACCCUGGACCCUGAACUCUAACCCCCCCAGAACCAGACCUGAACCAGACCUGGACCAGACCUGGACCAGACCUGAACCAGACCUGGACCAGACCUGGACCAGACCUGAACCAAACCUGGACCAGACCUGGACCAGACCUGGACCCUCCUCUAAUACCCCCCCCCCCCCUCCUGGAGGUCAGGUGACCCCCCCCUCUUGCACUGUGGCUCCUCCCCUGAUGGGAGUCAUGGGCGUGGCCUUGUCACAUUCCUUCUUUGAACUUUGUUGUAUUAAACCCCCUGUAACUCCACCCCCCCCGGAGGUCAGGUGACAUUCCUCCCCCUGUAACUCCUCCCCCCCCCCGGAGGUCAGGUGACAUUCCUCCCCCUGUAACUCCUCC